GUUUUAUACAGCUUACUACAUUUUCACCACCCCGGACUGCAGCCGACCUUCUUUUGCUGUUAAAUAUAUUUGUCAUUAUUACCCAGAAAGCGGAUAGCUAAAGUUAGCUUACUUUUCCUUUCUUGGACCGACUACAAACUAAUAAGAAUAAAGGAGCGAUUACCGUUAUCAUUCAUUCGUGGACUAGAAUAACCCGAUAAAAUAACGGUCGCUACUGCAGAAUAUAAAUUCUACCACAUCUUGCAGAAACCAGCGGAAAAACUGACCACAAAGAUCAGUCAACAAGGUCAACUUUGAAGAAGUUUCUUUGUUAAUUUAUGCACAGUGAAGGUAACUUGCAGAUAAAUACACAGCAGGCUCAGUAGCCACGUUUCAACUGCAUCACCCUCCGCUUCUUCUACGCCGUGUUCGAACUUUUUACGCACUGUUGUCUCCGAGUCACCUACAUCAUGACGCGAAGAUCUUGUGCGAUUUAUGGAGUCGGGAUUGUCUGCGCCCUUCUGCUGAUCAUGGGGAUUGGCUUGGUUGUGGCUCAAGUAUUUCAAACUUUAAUCCAUAACCGGUUAAAAAAGGAGAUAACUCUGACGGAGGGUAGCCGUGUGUUUGAGACAUGGAAAAACCCUCCUCCUCCCGUCUUCAUGCAGUUCUUCUUCUUCAACGUCACCAACCCAGAUGAGUUCCUGACUGGAGACAAGCCUAUCGUCUCUCAGGUCGGCCCUUACACUUACAGGGAGUACAGGGCCAAGGAGAAUGUGACGUUUGUAGAUAAUGGGACCAGAGUGGCUGCCUACCAACCCAAGACAUUUGUGUUCCUGCCAGAACGCUCUGCAGGUGAUCCUGAUGUUGACAUGAUCACAACCAUCAAUAUCCCAGCUGUGGCGGUGAUGAACAAGGUGAAGGAUAGUUUCUGGAAGAGUUCUAUGGUAUCUAUCUGGAUGAACUCCCUGAAAGUAGGCAUGUUCAUGACACGCUCGGUGAACGAGCUGCUGUGGGGCUUCAAUGAUCCUCUGUUGUCCCGUCUCCACACCCUUAACCCAGAGAUCGACGAGUACUUUGGCCUCAUGUACAAGAAAAAUGGAAGCAAUGAUGGUGAAUUUGUUUAUCAUACCGGGGAGGCAGACUUCAUGGACUACGGCAGGGUAGCCACAUUUAAAGGAGAAAGUAAACUGAGCCUGUGGACGUCUGAGCAGAGUAACAUGAUCAACGGUACCGACGGCAGCGCCUUCCACCCCCUGCUGUCCAAGACCGAGAGACUGUACAUCUUCAGUCCUGACUUGUGCAGGUCCAUCUUCAUGGAGUUUGAGAAGGAUGUGUGGGUGAAGGGGCUCCCAGCGUAUCGUUUCACCCCUCCUCGUGAUGUCCUGGCCAGCAAGGAGGAGAACCCAGCCAACGAAGGAUUCUGUGUCUCCCCCAAAGAGUGCCUGGGUACCGGCUUGCUCAAAGUCAGCGUAUGCCGAAAAGGUGCUCCAGUGGUGACCUCCUUCCCUCAUUUCUACCUGGGAGAUGAGAAGUACUCUAACGCCAUUGAAGGACUAAAUCCUGUCAGAGAGCACCACCAGACCUACCUGGACCUGAACCCGACCACUGGUGUUCCUAUCCGAGCCAGUAAGAGGGCUCAGGUCAACAUCCUCAUCAACAGAAUCUCUGGCUUCCCGAAAACCAAAUCCCUGAACGAGACUAUCUUCCCUGUCAUGUUUAUCAAUGAGACGGUGGUGAUUGACGACGCGUCGGCCGCGAAGCUCCACAAGCUCUUGCUGAUGGUGACGCUGGUGUCCAACUUCCCCCUCAUCCUCGUUGGUCUGGGGGCCAUCCUGCUGCUGGUGUUCAUCGGCCUCAUCGUCCGCGAAUGCAAACAGAAGAAGUCAACAAAGGAAGACACAUCUUAUUCCCCUGUGAGCAACAAGGAGGCUGAAGAACAAAAUGGCAGCACCUACGUUGCCUUGACUCCCGUUAUUGACAAGUCUUGAGGAGGGAAUAGGAAGGGUUUCUGGAGAGACAGAUGUAGAAUCUUAAUAUGAACCAGUUUGCUACAACAGGAAAUAAUCCUGCAGCAACAGGAAAUAUGAAUUAUG